CAAAAGCUUGGGUGUUAUCAUUAGUUCCCCGUUUUGCAACUAAAACCACCGUUUCUAUUGGACAGUAUCGGGUAGGUCCCCUCCCGUUUCGUUUGCCUCCGUUUAUGGAACGUGUUGCAACAGAAUUGGCAUAAUGAAUGAGCCCCUGGAAAUCUUCUACUGUACAGAUGAAAACAGUUUGGCCAGCUGUGGCUUUCUGAUAACGUGUCUACAGUCGGGAACGAUAACAACAAGAAACAUACAUUCCCUGGACUCUAAAAGCUGCGUCUGGAUCAGUGUGUUCAGGUGAUCGUAAUGGCGGAGGGAGGCUUUGACCCCUGUGAGUGCAUCUGCACCCAGGAGCACGCCAUGAGACGACUCAUCAACCUGCUACGUCAGUCUCAGUCCUACUGUACAGAGACAGAGUGUCCUCAGGACUUACCAGGACCCAGUGGCUCAGUAGGAGGUGGAGACCUGACUGUCCCCGUGGUUCUGAUGGGCUGGAUGGUUCUGGUUCUGCUCCUCUUCCUCCUCAGACCCAACAGCCUCAGAGGAUCCCCAGCACCGCCUGCCGGCAAACCUACUGGACCUCACAGUGUAGAGUCGUGACCAGGAUCCCCCAGCUCCACCGGUGGACUAGCAGCAGAACCAGACGGAACAGAACCGGAGAGAACCAGACGUUCUGCUGGACAACCCAACAUCUCCACAGGACGUUCUACUGGACAACCCAACAUCUCCACAGGACGUUCUACUGGACAACCCAACAUCUCCACAGGACGUUCUACUGGACAACCCAACAUCUCCACCGGACGUUCUACUGGACAACCCAACAUCUCCACCAGACGUUCUACUGGACAACCCAACAUCUCCACCAGACGUUCUGCCCGUUCUACGUUGCUACCCUGGAACCCAACAGCUUACUGCGACCUCCGACCCCUGUACAUCACAAUGCAUUUCCUGUUUAGUGUACUACUUUAGACCAGAGCCCUAUGGGGGUAGUGCAAUACUUUAGACCAGAGCCCUAUGGGGGUAGUGCACUACUUUAGACCAGAGCCCUAUGGGGGUAGUGCACUACUUUAG